AUGGCCACCAACCGCGCCGCCAAAUACAAUGCGCACUUCUCCUCGAAGCAAGAACUUCGCCUCGUCUUUACAUCUCUAAACGGUGACAACUCAUGGCUUCUAUCCUUCCCUCGACCUGUCACAGAGCGCGAGAGUACAGGCAAAGCAUACCUGCGCAUCGUCCACGACCCUGGCUCAAUGGGCCUGACAUCCAACUCUCGUCGUGGGUGGUCCACAUCACUUUAUCAUCCACGCCAGCCGUCAGCAACGAAGCAGGCGUUGAAAGCCUCGUGCAGCAAGUUGAACAGGCAGCGGCAGAAGCAGGCAUCGUUUCGCCUCUUCAGAUUGACACGGCGCGAGGAAGGAGUUCAUGGUCGAAGAGGUGCGGAAUGGGAAGUGUUUUGUGCUAGUGCAGAUGGGGUCUUGAGUGAGGCUGCCAGAGUACUGGUGGUUCUUGGAGGCCACUGUAUUGAGAGUGUGGGUGGUGUGAUCCGCGUUGACUGUCGUUCAGUUGACUCUUUCUGCAAUGUUUGA